AUGGUGAAGGAGCAGGAUGGUAACGGGCACUUGCUGGCCAACGGUCAUGCAAAGGUAAAUGCCGCGUUGGAAAAGAUUGAAGCAGAGAUCGUCGAAGAGGAGAACAUUUUUCUUUUCAUUCCAAACAUUAUUGGCUACACGCGAGUCGUUCUCGCGAUUGCUUCCCUCUAUUACAUGCCCCUCCAUCCGCGGACAUGCUCAGGCCUCUACAGUAUCUCUUGUAUUCUGGACGCUGCCGACGGACUGGCGGCCCGGCGGUAUAACCAGUCCACGACGUUCGGCGCCGUACUGGACAUGGUCACCGAUCGGUGCACCACAUCUUGCCUGCUGGUGAACUUGGCCUCGGCCUUUCCAAGAUGGGCUAUUGUCUUUCAAGGACUGAUCAGUCUUGAUCUCGCCAGCCACUAUAUCCACAUGUACGCCACCCUGGCCAUGGGUGCGAGCGGGCAGAGUCACAAGAAGGUGGAAGCAAGCAGAAGUUAUAUCCUCCACCUUUACUACACGAAUAGGACCGUCCUGUUCCUGUUCUGUGCACUCAACGAACUUUUCUUCAUCGCCCUCUACCUCCUCUCCUUCUCCUCGCCUCUUCUCUCCCCGUCACUGUUGGUGACCGCCAACACCGGGCCUUUAUCAACACAGCCUGGGUCCCCGGCACAUCCGAAGCCGAGCACUUUGUUCGCCAACCAAUGGAGCGCUGGAGCACUGGAAAUGGCUCGUGCCAAUAAAAUGGACAGCACAAUACCGUGGAUAUUGGCUGGCAUCAGCUUUCCAGUCAUGUUCGGCAAGCAGAUAAUCAACGUGAUCCAGCUGGUGAAAGCGAGCAAAUGGUUGGGAGAGGGUGAUUUGGCAGCGAGGAGAAAAGCUGGGAUUACGGCGGGGAAGAAGAGGGCAUGA